ACGCAGCGCCGGCACUUGUUUCUCCAAAGCCACCCAGCACUAGCUUUCGCGCCCCCUCCGAGAUCCCCGGGAGCCAGCCUGCUGGGAGAAACGGAGGGUCCAGAGAAAGCCUGGAGGCAGAGGAGGCAACAGAAGGAAAAAGACCGUGCUAGCUACUCCAAUGCCACACAGGAGCUGAAGACGCACACCACGCCAGAUCCAGCCCGGUGACAGCCAAAGCCUGUUGAAGCGCGGCGGCGGCUACGAAGCCGCCGCCCCAGAGCUGCGCCCUUCCCUCUUCGGUGAAGUUUCUAAAAGCUGCCAGAGACUCCGAGGAAGCCAGGAAAGUGCCGGGUAGGACUGAGGAGUGCCUUUGUCCUCCUCCCCUUCACCCUCCAACCCCCUCCAGGGUGUACUCUCCCACAGCUGCCUAGGCCAGCUAGUCUCCUUCAGCUUCGGUGCCAACCCUCUCCCCUACACCCCCAGCAUUGCCAACCAGUUUGAAGAGAGGUAACUCCCUUUGGCUACAGGCGGGCAAGCUAGCUUCACGUUGCAAAGAAGGCUCCUGGGAAUUGGGAGACUGGGGAGCGAAUUCUUCACUGCAGCCAGGACCAGGCUUCUUAAGCCAUAAACCAAGAGGGUCCCCAGGUUACUCACACUUCCUCUGCACUUCCUCCUGUCCCUCUACUCCGAGUACUGAGCUAGAGACCCAAAAAUGAAAAGACAGCAAGGGUUUCAGUAGUGGAAAACAAAACAAAAACCAAAGCCAAAAGAAAAGAAACAACCCAUUUCUUAUUUGCACCUGUUUAGUAGAUAUUGAAUGUAGAAGACAGAUUUUCCUUCUCUUCCCCUACCUACCUCCACCCAAAUUUUGAGCAUUGUUUGAUUGAACUGCUUCAAAUAUUCAGGGACAGACUGAGCCUAGCAGGACAGAUUGAAUCUAGCUCGUGCCUUCCUCUGUACAAGACUUUGAGGCUACUAGAGCGUCUGUUUUCCCCCCUCUUGCAACUUUUCUUCCCCGGAGCUUUUCGCAGGCAGCCAGAUAGCUACAGUGACUACUUAUUAUCACAGUCGUCUGAACUCUUGAGCAAGAGAAGGACAGUCCAGAGAAAGGAAUUAGGGGGAAGAUAAAACCAAGCUCAAGGAUGGAAGUGCAGCUAGGGCUGGGGAGGGUCUACUCCCGGCCGCCUUCCAGGACCUAUCGAGGAGCUUUCCAGAAUCUGUUCCAGAGCGUGCGUGAAGUGAUCCAGAACCCCGGUCCCAGGCACCCUGAAGCCGGGAGCGUAGUACCUCCCAGCUCCCGUUUGCUGCAGCAGCAGCAGCGGCAGGAGACCAGCCCCCAGCAGCAGCGGCAGCAGCAGCAGCAGCGGCAGCAGCGGCAGCAGCAGCAGCAGCAGCAGCAGCAGCAUGGUGAGGAUGGCUCUCCCCAAGUCCACAUCAGAGGCCCCACGGGCUACCUGGCACCAGAGGAGGAACAGCAGCCUUCACAACAGCAGUCAACCUCCGAGGGCCACCCUGAGAGCAGCUCCCUCCCUGAGCCUGGAGCUGCCACAGCCACUGGCAAGGGGCUGCCAUUGCAGCCACCAGCACCUUCGGAUGAGGAUGACUCAGCUGCCCCAUCCACGAUGUCCCUGCUGGGCCCCACUUUCCCAUGCUUAAGCAGCUGCUCCACAGACCUUAAAGAUAUCCUGAGCGAGGCCGGCACCAUGCAACUCCUUCAGCCCCAACAGCAGCCCCAGAAGCAGCAGGAGGUAGUAAGUGAAGGCUGCAGCAGUGCGAGGGUGAGGGAGGCCUCUGGGGCUCCUACUUCCUCUAAGGACAGUUACCUAGGGGGCAAUUCGGCCAUAUCCGACAGUGCCAAAGAGUUGUGUAAAGCAGUAUCUGUGUCUAUGGGAUUGGGUGUGGAGGCACUGGAACAUCUGAGCCCUGCAGAACAGCUUCGGGGAGACUGCAUGUAUGCAUCGCUGCUGGCAGGUCCACCGGCUGUAUCUGUGCGCCCUACUCCCUGUGCCCCGCUGGCCGAAUGCAAGGGGACUCUGCUGGAUGAGGUCCCGGGAAAGGGCACUGAAGAGACUGCAGACUAUUCCUCUUUCAAGGGAGGUUACUCAAAAGGGCUCGAAGGAGAGAGCUUGGGCUAUUCUGGCAGCAGCGAAGCUGGUAGCGCUGGGAUUCUUGAGCUCCAGUCCACCCUGCCUCUGUACAAGCCCGGAGCGGACGAGGCUGCCGCCGCGUACCAGAAUAGAGACUACUACAACUUUCCGCUGGCCCUCCCAGGGCCGCCGCCCCCUCCACCUCCUCCCCAUCCGCAAGCCCGCAUCAAGCUGGAGAACCCGCUGGACUAUGGCAGCACCUGGGCUGCCGCGGCAGCGGUGGCGGCAGCGGCGCAGUGCCGCUAUGGAGAUAUGGCAAGCCUACAAGGUGCGGGUGCAGCGGGGCCCAGCUCGGGAUCGCCCCCAGCCACCACCUCCUCUUCCUGGCACACACUCUUCGCAGCAGAGGAAGGUCAACUGUAUGGGCCAGGUGGCGGGGGUGGCAGCGGCGGAGGCACAAAUGAGCCAGGGCCUGUAGCCCCCUAUGGCUACACUCGGCCCCCUCAGGGUCUAACAGCUGGCCAGGAAGGUGACUUCUCGGCCCCUGAUAUGUGGUACCCCAGUGGCAUGGUGAACAGAGUACCCUAUCCCAGUCCCAGUUGUGUCAAAAGCGAGAUGGGACCUUGGAUGGAGAACUACUCCGGACCUUAUGGGGACAUGCGUUUGGACAAUGCCAGAGAUCAUGUUUUACCCAUCGACUAUUACUUUCCACCCCAGAAGACCUGCCUGAUCUGUGGAGAUGAAGCUUCUGGCUGUCACUAUGGAGCUCUCACUUGUGGCAGCUGCAAAGUCUUCUUCAAAAGAGCUGCCGAAGGGAAACAGAAGUAUCUGUGUGCCAGCAGAAAUGAUUGCACCAUUGAUAAGUUCCGAAGAAAAAAUUGUCCAUCAUGUCGUCUCCGGAAAUGUUAUGAAGCAGGGAUGACUCUGGGAGCUCGUAAGCUGAAAAAACUUGGCAAUCUAAAACUACAGGAGGAAGGAGAGAGUUCCAGUGCCAGCAGCCCCACUGAAGACCCAUCACAGAAGAUGACAGUAUCACACAUUGAAGGCUAUGAAUGCCAGCCCAUCUUCCUGAAUGUCCUGGAAGCUAUUGAGCCAGGAGUGGUGUGUGCUGGACAUGACAACAACCAGCCUGAUUCCUUUGCUGCCUUGUUGUCUAGCCUUAAUGAAUUAGGUGAAAGACAGCUUGUACAUGUGGUCAAGUGGGCCAAGGCCUUACCUGGCUUCCGCAACUUGCAUGUGGAUGACCAGAUGGCAGUCAUUCAGUACUCUUGGAUGGGACUCAUGGUAUUUGCCAUGGGCUGGCGGUCCUUCACCAAUGUCAAUUCUAGGAUGCUCUACUUUGCUCCUGACUUGGUUUUCAAUGAGUACCGCAUGCACAAAUCCCGGAUGUAUAGCCAGUGUGUUCGAAUGAGGCACCUGUCUCAAGAGUUUGGAUGGCUCCAAAUCACGCCCCAGGAAUUCCUGUGCAUGAAAGCACUGCUACUCUUCAGCAUUAUUCCAGUGGAUGGGCUGAAAAAUCAAAAAUUCUUUGAUGAACUUCGAAUGAACUACAUCAAGGAACUCGAUCGUAUCAUUGCAUGCAAAAGAAAAAAUCCCACAUCCUGCUCAAGGCGCUUCUACCAGCUCACCAAGCUCCUGGACUCUGUGCAGCCUAUUGCAAGAGAGCUGCAUCAGUUCACUUUUGACCUGCUGAUCAAGUCCCAUAUGGUGAGCGUGGACUUUCCUGAAAUGAUGGCAGAGAUAAUAUCUGUGCAAGUGCCCAAGAUCCUUUCUGGCAAGGUCAAGCCCAUCUAUUUCCACACACAGUGAAGCUUCGGAAACCUUGAUGCUCCAAUCCAUCCCACUCCCCUUUUCAGAUGUCUUCUGCCUGUUAUAUAAUUCUGCACUACUUUUCUGCAGUGCCUUGGGGAAUUUCCUCUAUUGAUGUACAGUCUGUCAUGAACAUGUUCCUGAGUUAUUUGCUGAGCUUUUUCUCUUUUCCUCCUUUCUUUUUCU